GCAUGCAUUGCCUUCCAACCUUUGCCAAACGGCUUCUUUUUUCUAUCGCUCCGCCGUCGCCGUAAGUCUGUCUAUGGCCGCAGCCACUGCCACCGUCACCUUCUCGCCGUCUCCCCCAUCCUUCUUGAACUCCCAGCUCCGUCGUAUCCACCGGCCUGCCUCUACCACGACGAUAGCUUUUUUCGCACGCCGUUUCUGCGGUGUAAAACCUAGCCCCAACCGCUCCCGAGGCAAGUCCGCCCCGGUUGCCCCCCCCGACCAUGGAUUCGGCGCACUCGAAGCGGAGCUCUGGCGCCUCCGCCGCCUCGUGGAGCUGCAGAUCCACCGCUUCGGCACCGAGGCCGACGCCGCGUACCGCGACCUACGCUCGGCGGUGCGCGAGGUCAGCGGGGACCGCGUGGUCCUAACCUUCCGCCGCUCGUCGCUGCGCUACUUUGCCGGAGCGCUCCUCUUCUUGCUCGCCUGCGCCGUCGCGGCGCGAGUGCUACUGGGGAUCGUCUUACGGGCGUGGUGGCGGCGGGGGUUGGGGAGGGGAUUCUGGGGUGGAGUUGAAGGCGGCAGGGCGGUUGUUCGAAGGAGGGACCGCAGCCUGGGAGGGAAGGAGGUGGUGGUUGCUGUAUCGUCGUCGCCUAUGGAGGCAGCUCAGACCAGUCAUCUCCCAGAGCCAGCAAAGGAGGUCUGGAGGAGGUACUCACAAGCCAAGUUACCAGACUGGUGGCCCAAGGUUGGAGCGACCGUGAUGGAAUCUGGGCCAGAGAUGGAGAAGUGGGCAAGAAUGGCAAACAGAUUAGUCCGAGCAAUAAUUGAUAAUAGAGUCAUGGGGAGGGAUUACAGAUAUGAUGAUGCAAUUCAACUUAGGCAAUUAUGCAAAAUAUCGGGGGUAAAGGUCUGCUUUGAUACUGAAAAUGCUCGUGAUUCUUUCUACAGAGCAGCAGUGAACUUUGUUAUAGAUGAUUGCAGCAGAGCAGCAAAAGACAUGGGUGCAGCAAAACUUAAUGGUGAGGAUCCAAGGGAGUUUCUUGCUGGUCUUGCUAGCAAUAUUGGAUUAGACAAGUUUCGUGCUGCCACUCUUGUAUGUGCAUCAAUUGCUACUCGUACACGGACAUGCUUCUUGCAAUGCUGGGCUCUAGAGAUUCAAGGAAAACGGCCAGAAGCACUGGAUGAACUUGUGAAGCUUUGUAGAAUUCAUUACAUAUUUCCUCCAGAGGACAAUUCUGCAGAGAUGGAAAUGGUGUCUGCUGGACUAGAAAAGAAUUUGCAUGUUGCCGAGAGGGUUCACCUUCUAUAUCUAUACAGGAGCAUUUGUACUGCUGGUAACUUAAAAACAGCUGCAGAGGCUCUUGGUCUGAGUUUGCCAGAUGAAUGAGAGUAUACCGAAGGAUUAUGCUUACAUUUGUAGUCCGAGUUGCAAUGCCCAUUCAUCAACCACAGACCAAGGCAUUGAAGCCCCUGACGCAGUUUUGGUAUUCCUACUUUCUUAACAUGCAGUAUGCUACCAAGACAAGAAUCAGCAUAGUGCAGAUUUCCUUCUCAUCAGAUUCUUAGGGACAAUCCGGAGGCCCAAAACCUAAUGCUGAAUCAAUUGAUCCGUUCAUGGACCUUUAAUAUAGAUGGGUGCUCUUUAAUUCACCACUCCUAAUAGCAAACUCAUAUAUAUAUUAAAGAUGAUCGGUUUAUAGUACUUAAGUUCACCGAACCCCUCCACCGCCACGCCGGUGUCCGCAGUGGUGUUGGCGUUUUGGACAGCUGAUCUGGCAUCAGAACAUAAAAAAAAAAGCUAAAUGCAUUGAUGACAAACGAGAGUAUAGUCUAGGAGAGCAGAGACUGUAAGUACUUUGGGAACGUGCGAGAUGGUAGACGAAACACUUGCUAGCUCUAGUAGUUUUUUAUGCUUCUUUUUCCUCCACGUCGGAAGUGACAUCAGGCGGCGACUUCGCUGGUCUGUUGGCGGUGCCCUAAUAUCGUGGUUAUAAAUGUAUUGAGAGUCGUGCUCUACUCUGGUGGUCAUUGAUUACUGAAGCAAAGAAAUGUCCUGACCAUAAAAAUGUCCUGACCCGUUUUAUGGUUUCUCUUA